AAAGGCUACUCUCUUCUCUUCUCUCUACUCCAGCUGCAGAUUCUCCCGUUUGUUUCCCCACAGAAAAAGGGCGCCAGUUCAUCAUUCCUCGCCAUCACAUCCACCCGAAAAAAAACAUGUCUUUUUUACUCUCUUUCUUCUUCUUCCCCCGAUCCCAAAUCCCUCCCUGUUCUUGCUGCUGCUCUCGAGUUGAGUGAGUUGACCCUCAUCCUCCCCACCCACCCGAAUCUCGCGGAGCCAUUUCGCGUUCUUGGAGGAGUUGGGGAGUUUUGGUGUUUUUGGAUCCGAGGAGCGUGAGAGUUCUUGGAUCUCGUCGCCCUCCUCCUCCGGCAAUGGCGGCGCUCGCGGAGCACCUGCUGGGUUUGUCGUCGGCGCCGGUGGACUGGGAGGCGGAGUCCUACCCGGGUUACGGCGACUUCGCCGUGCUCCCCUUCCUCGUCGCCUUCUUCCCCGCCGUCCGCUUCCUCCUCGACCGCUUCGUCUUCGAGUUAUUAGCAAGAAGGCUUGUACUUGGAAAGGGGUAUGACAAACUUGCUGAAACAGAUGAAAGCAGGAAGAAAAUUAACAAGUUUAAGGAGUCAGCAUGGAAAUUCGUCUAUUUUCUUUCUGCAGAACUGCUAUCACUGUCUGUAACAUACAAUGAGCCAUGGUUCAAGAACACCAGAAAUUUCUGGGUUGGGCCUGGUGAACAGAUCUGGCCUGAUCAGAAGACAAAACUCAAGCUUAAGGCUGUCUACAUGUUUGCUGCUGGAUUUUACACAUAUUCCAUCUUCGCUCUUUUGUUCUGGGAAACAAGGCGGUCAGACUUUGGAGUCUCAAUGUCUCACCAUUUGGCAACUGUUGUUUUGAUCGUUCUAUCCUAUAUUUUCAGAUUUGCUCGCGUUGGCUCAGUUGUUCUAGCCCUUCAUGAUGCUAGUGAUAUAUUCUUAGAGAUUGGGAAGAUGUCCAAGUACAGUAGUUGCGAGGGGCUAGCUGUUGCAGCAUUUCUUCUUUUUGUGGCUUCAUGGAUUCUUCUGCGUCUAAUAAUUUUCCCGUUCUGGAUCCUAAGGAGCACAAGCUAUGAAGUACUGCUGACCUUGGACAAAGAGAAGCAUAAAUUUUACGGCCCCAUAUACUACUAUGUUUUCAACAGCCUUCUGUUCUCACUUCUAGUUCUUCACAUAUAUUGGUGGGUACUAAUAUACCGGAUGCUAGUCAAGCAAAUUCAAUCUAGAGGCCGUAUCGGCGAUGAUGUUCGAUCUGAUUCUGAAGGUGAAGAAGAUCAUGAAGACUAAUCUGUGGGCUGAAUGCUUAACUGAAGAACUAUAUAUAGUGAUCCCUACAUGAAGAUACAUCAUAUUGAAUACCUGAUUCCCAGACCAGAUCAAUUUUCAGUAUCAAACAUGGCAACCAUGAUUCACGAGUUGCUAGGAGGCUGCUUGCGCUGCCAUAUACUUUAUGAGAAAAAGUUGAUCAAUGUUUUCCCCCCUUAUAUCCUCAUUUAUAAGAGAAAUAUGCAGGAUAAGUUCGUUAAUUCAUUGGUUCAUUCAUGUAAUUGUGCAGACGAUUAAUUAAUUUACGGUGCAAUCAUGUAAUGUUCUGUGGAACUCGAUUGUAACUUGGUGUAUCUUCCAUUCUAAUGGAAAUUCUGGACAAAAAAUAACCUGAUAUUCUUUACACA